AUGGACGGUGACCUGCAUUUGGAAAUAAGUGGUUAUAGGAUUUCGGUCAGUAAGGCCCCUUCCAAAGCAGCACCCCUCCCUCCAUCUUCGGGCCAGUCUUUGGAAUCUUCUGCCUCCUCCUUCGAGGUUGUGGAUUUCCCAGGCUCUUCCGAGCCUUCGCCUCCCUACUCUUCCUCGGCUGUCUUGCCAGCUCCUUACCCCUUGCAGGCCUCCGGGCCCCGUGCCCCCCUGGACUUGGGUGAGGCUCCGUCUGCUGUUGGGUUGCCUUCUGCACCUUGGCUUUCUCGUGCUUCCUCCCCCGUUUGGGUGCCAGAGUCCCCCUUGCCUGGCCCUCCGAGGCCCACGCCUUCCUCCCGGGCCGGCUCGCCUCCGGUCCAGACCCCUGCUACUCCGAAGCAGGCUGCCAGAACCGGUCCUCAAUCCUUGCUUUCCUCACCUUUGCGUGUGCCAGAGUACCCCUUGCAGGGCUCUCCGGAGUCAAGGUCCCAGAUCAAGGCCUCCUUUCCUUCGCUGACUGUUGAGCUCCGGGACACGUGCCGGAACCUUCACGGAGGCUCCCUCGACUGGCGAUUGAGGGCCUUGACGGCUUGGGAAGCUGGCUGCUGGGCCAGAGCCGUCCUGGAUCAGCGGGUCUCUACCCCGAAUAGCCUUGGGUCCGUCGGUCUGCCCAACAGGUUGUAUUGCAUACUCUCCGCAGAGGGUCUCGAUAGACCGUGUGUGGUAAGGACUUUUGCGGCCUACAAGUCCGUUGUGGGUGAACUGCGCCCGGGUGGCUCUGUUUCGCACGGCUUCCCUUCCGAGGCUGAGGCCAGGCUCUACUUUGCAGGUGGUGUCACCCUGCUGGAGUUUCAAUGGCCUUUCCCGGCCGCUCCGGAUGCCGACGGCGAGCCACUGACAUGCAUAUCUUAUGUGGUUAUGAAGCGCCCUGCCGGGUUUAUCCUCUGCCUACCUUUGGGAUACUUGUCGGAGGAGGAAACGCUUGCAGGGCAGUCCAACGAGGAAGCGGCAGGUAUUGGGCCCUCUCUCGAGCUGAUGGCCCCGGCUGUCCGUCUCAGCGGCCAAGGAGAGUGGCGUGUGGCCGAGUCUGGGGAGCUUGUGGCCGCUUUGGUGAUAGACCUGCCCGCUUCUGUUGUGGGGGCAGGUGUUCCCUUCAUGCAGGAGGUCUGGCUACCAAACGGCGGUCGAGGAUCCAGCACCGCGGCGAAUCUACAGGAGUUGGUUGGCUUCGCUCUCCUCCUUGCUCCCAGCAGCAGCGGGCGGCAACUCCCUGGCUCAGGGCCGUCACAGGUCAUAGGCCCUCCUCCUCCAGCCCGGCAGGCUCCCAAGACUCCCUCGCCUAUGGUCGAUCACGAGGAAGCCCUGGCCGUUACCAUUGGUGCAGGCGACGCCGAGCCUGAGGUUCCCUCGACCCUCGCAUCUGCGGUGCUGGCCCAAUCUCAGGCCCUGGUCAGCCUCGUCUCCCAGCUUGCUCAGAACUCUUCGGAUCCUUUGCUGGAUGCCCCCUCGGCCACUUCGGUCAGAGGAGCAGCCGGCCGACAGCGGCUGCAACAGGAGCUUCAGGCCUCGCCGGAGGUUUUUUCGAGGAGGAUCCGCCAGAACGCUUGGCUUUGGAUGGACCCCUCAGGCAUGGUGGCUCCCGAUUCACCCACCAUGAUCAGGUAUCUGGAAAGGUACGGUGCUUUUUCGAAGCAGCGGAAUCUGGCCCUGCUGGCUUGGAUGACGGCGACGGCUGGCGACCAGCUUGCCCGUGGGUCCCCGGAGUCGGCCGCGGACACACUGGCCCUGCUUCAAAUGGUCCUCGACCAGGCAAACCUCGACGGAGGAGACUUUACCUUUGCGUGGGUGCUACUCCAGCCCGACUUGCCGGCCAGUGUUUUCCAAGACGUGUCUGGGUCAGCCGGCCCGGCUGCCAGGGCUUUCUCUCCCCUGGCGGAACAGAAGUGGGUCACGAUAUGCCUCUCCUACAUGAAAGAAGUGGAGGCCAUCGCGACCCGGAGGGCCGAGCUGCAGCCGCCGCGCAAGCACCCUCAGCCACCGCAUGUGCCGCCGGAGGUCCCAAAGGUCCCCCCGAAGGCCGACCAGGAAGCUUUGACCAAGAAGCAAGCGCGCGGCAGCCUGGGCCGCAAAGCGCGCGGCCGCAAGCAAAUGACUUCCUGCGGGGGCGUGGCUGCUGACACGCCCUCGCCCGUGCAUGCCAACCACCCGGUUGAAGAUUCGCCUUUCCUGCCGGGCCGUGAAUUCAACUUUUGCCUUUGGUCUUCUUCUUUGGUCAGACUGGUCCUGAAAAGUGGGACCGCUUUCGGCCAUUUCCUGAGUACCACACUGCCCCUGUGCCGCGAUCCCAAUUUGGAGGUCGCUACCGCCUUGUUCCCGCUUCCGCUGCCGGCCGACGGCCUGUUCUUGAAGCGGUCCCGCAAGCGCUCGCAGAAGCGCAGGCUGCCCUACCUGGUUCGGGUUGCCCACCAUGUGCUGGUGAUGUCUCUGAAUUUCCUCCACUCCGGGGGGAAGCACAUACCGCCAGCGUGUGCCCGCUUGCGGGGUUCUACUCUCACGUCGGGCCGUCGAGGCAUCCAGCUUGCUGCCCGCCAUGCUGAAGUGCUUCACUUCUUGAGGGCCGCAGGCCUGGAUGAGAACUGCUACUUUGGGAAAGUAGGGCGUGCUGCCUCCGUGCCUGAGUUUGGGGCCCCGCUUGUGCCUCACCUUCCUGGUAGCCCUGAGGAGCUGGCUCCCUACAGGGAUUUAGAUUCAGGCCGCAUUGCGCUGUCGGGCACUGGCUCCUGGCCGCUCGAGGAGCACCUGGGCCCCGACCUCCUGAUGCUGUACUUGGAGCCCCGGGCCCUCCGCUCCUUUGUCCCUUCUCCGGCGCCUGGCCCCAGUUUCGAGCACGAGUCUAGGAACCAGACCCUUGGGCUUUUCAGGAAGUGGGAUGCCCUAGGGCUCUUAGGCAUUGUGCAGGGCCCUUUGCAUACCACCGACCUCGUGCGCAUCUUCGGGGCCUACAAAGACCCUGGAAGGGACAGACAGAUCGGCGACCGCCGAAAUGUGAAUAACAAGGAAGCCCGGAUUGUGGGAGGUCCGUCCUCCCGGCUUCCAGCCGGCAGCCUUCUCACUCGGCUUUCGUGCCCCCUCCCGUCGUGUGCCCUCUUUGGGUCCUGUGUCGACCGCCAGGAUUUUUACCACCAGGCAAAGGUCAGUGAGAGCAGGGGCUGCUCGAAUGCCAUUGGGCCGGUCUUCUCCCUGCGACAGUUCUACGGGACCCACGCAUAUGCUGCUUUCUUGGCUAAGGCCGAAGACGCCCUCCGUUCACACGCUGGUGCCUGCUCCGUUUUCCAGCCGGCUUCCGUUCUUGCGUCUGCUGACCUCCCGGUGCAUGGCACCUUUCUGAGUCUGCUGCAAGGCGACCACGCCGGCGUGGAAUUUGCCUGUGCGGGGCAUGAGGGUCUUCUUCGAUCUUGUGGCGUGCUCGGGGACCCUGCCCAAGGAAGGCUCCUGAAUCGGUGCCCAGUUGCCUGCCGCGGCCCCUGGACUGGUCUCAUCAUAGAUGACCUCUUCUGCAUUUCCUGUGAAAGGAGCCCUGGCCUUGACAGCCCUGCUGCCACCGGCACCUCUGAGAGUGAACGCCUGUUGAGGGCUGCAAAGGAGGCCUACGAGCGUGAAGGAGUGCCCGGCUCCGACCACAAGGAUCAAUUCAGCCAGAGGGUCUUUGUCAUUGCAGGUGCCCAGGUUGACAGCUCUCCCGAGACAAAUGCUGCCGGGAUGACUUUGGUUGGCCUGCCUGCUGCCCGUCGCCUUGCCCUCUCCCAGGCCUCGCUUAUUAUAGCCUCUGGCUCUGUUGCUGCGCAUCUUUGGCAGACUGCUGACCAGAGGGGUUGGUACACCCGCCUUGGUGCGGAGGUCUCUGAAGAGCCCCCCUCUUUUGAGGACAGCCCGGGCGUGGAAAGGCCGGUUGCCUGCAGGUAUGAUUUUAUCGAGGUCAGGUGUGGUGGGCCGUGGCUCACUGAAUUCUUGAGUGCCAGCUGCUCCGUUGGUCCCGUUGUGGAUUUCCGGGCCUCCCCUUACUUUUCCCUUCUCGAGCCUCGCUGCUUGGAGUGGCUCCUCUUCAUGCUGCAAGACGACAGGCUGAGGUCUGUCUUGUUGGUGCCUCCUGUUGGCUCCUUCUCCCCGGCCUUCUUGCCUCGCGUCCGCGCCUGGGAUCCGCCUCGUGUCAGGGUCCUUUCAGGUCGUACUCAGCUUGAGGAUGCCCUUCUCCGUGCGGCUCUCUGUGUGCUUCUCGUUGCUACCAGGUGCAACGCCGUUGCUAUCGUCCUCCACCCUUUGCAGAGCUUUGCUCGUGGCACUCCUGAGUGGAGGAACCUUUGCACGCGCAGGGGAGCUUUCGAGGCGACUUUACCUGGCUGUGAUGCUUUUUCCACGGCCCCUCAGCCUGCUGUUGCCUUGGUUUCGGCGGCUGGGCGUCCUGAACUCGCUUGUGCUCUGUCUUCCCUUCCAGUUCGUCGGGGCACCUCCUGUGCCGGCCCUUUGGCUGCUGCCUUGCGGGCCACCUUGUGCUGCCGGCCCACUGAAGCCGAGCCCAAAACCGGUCUGGAGAGCCUGCUCUUCAACGACGUUAUGCUUACGUCGUCUUGGCAUGUCACUCGCUCCUGGGCUUGGCGGGACAGGCCUCAUAUCAAUGUGCUGGAGGCCCGUUCCUUCAUCUGUGCUCUCCGUGACAGGGCAGCUGGCGGCCGGGAUUGCCGGUUUGUCCAUGGCCUGGACUCUUAUGUUUCCUUUGGGUUGAACACUUCCGAUGACCCGACUAGGAGCGUUGCUCUCCGUUCUAGCCUUCUGCUGGUUGGCUCCGCCUUGUCCUUCUCUACUCACGCUUUCGUGCCAGGGGACCGGCUGCCCCUCCUGGUGCUGCCGCUGGAAGGCUUUUGCUUGGCCCUCGCGACAAGAGGGACAUUGUCCGUGCCAAAGCAAGGCUUGGCACACAACUUGGCGAAGGUCGAAACGGCGUCGCAAAGUCUGCGCGGACUGGGGCCACAAACGGCACGAAGGCUGCAGGUCCGCAAAGGCCAGGUGGGCCAAGGCAACCAGGUCCCAGGCUCCUUGCAAGGUACGCCGCAGAGUCGGCCGGAGAGAGGCUAUGCCAUUGAUCGUCUCGGACCGCGUCGGCCUCUGGAUCUUGGCUCCUUCAGGCCAGGUGGCGCAACCUUCCUUAUGGGGCAAACAGAAGACAGCGAGCUGGUGCGACGGAGAGGCAGGUGGGCAUCACAGCGGGUGAUGGAGAUUUAUAUACAGGAGGUCCAGGCUGCCGUAUACUUCCCUGCGCUUCCCUUGGAGCUGCGUGAAAAAAUCUUGUGCCUCGCACAUGCUUUUACGGCGCUUCUGGAACAGGCGUGCGCCUGGAAACGUGUCGGCGUCCCGCCUACCUCCUGGUAUGCAUUGUUUUCUGCCGGCGAGCGGCCUGUCACUGGCCUAUAA